AUGAAUUCAAACGAACAAGAACAUUUAUGGAAACUUUUGGUAACAGCUAUAUAUUUAACAGGAAUUCUGUUUUUCAUUGUGGAAAAUGAUUAUUGGAUUCAAUUUUUUAAAGAUUUAAGGCCAAGUUUUAUUCCUCCAUCAAGACAUCUUAUGUCUAAUAAACUUCUUGAUGAUGAAUAUAUACAGAUGUCAAUUAAUGUAAAUAAAAAAGUUAAUGAAGCUUUUGUAUUUGGAAUACAGAUAGAUGGCUGGAAACCAGUUGUUUACAAAUCUUUAAGUACUACUAGAAGUAGACACACAGCAGAGUAUGUAGCCAAUGAGUUAAGUAUAGUCAUUGAUAGUAUUGGAAAAGAUCGUUGCUUAGGUGUUGUAUCAGAUAACGCAGCUUCUAUGAAAAAAGCAUGGACAAUUUUAAAGAAUGAUCUAUAUAAAAUAUUGGACCUAAUGAAACCUAUAACUGAAUGGAUAAAAAAGUUAGAAUCAGAUAAUCCAUAUGUUAGUAAUGUAUUUUAUGCAUUAAAUGACAUAAGUUCUCUCUUGACAUUAAAGCUUCCUAACAUAGAUUUUCUUUCGGAUGUAGAAAAAACAUCCAUACUUGAAUCAUUUGAACAUAGAAAAUGUGUGGCUCUUCAUGCUAUGCAUUACGCUAAUUCCAUGCUUGAUCCAAGAUAUAAAGGACAGCAUUUAUCACAAAUAAAUGACAUAGCAGGUGUUGAGUGCAUUUUCAAUGUAGCCACAGCAAUAAUGCCUGAAGAAACUCAACAAAUAAUGAUUGAACUAGCUCAAUAUCGUUCCAAUGAAGGCCUUUGGAGUAAUAAUUUUAUUUGGUCUACUGAAAUAAAAAAUUUAAAUCCUUUCCCUUGGUGGAAGGGGAUAUGUGGUAGUUCUUUUUUAAACAAAAUUGCAGUAGCAAUUUUAUCUCUGCCUCCACCUUUUACUGCUACAGAAAGAAAUAAUUUUAAAAAAUCAAGUAUUCCUAAAAAUAAACCUUGCAAAGAGAAACAGGUAAAUACACUAUGUCAUGACACUAAUGAAAUUGACUAUCAAUCUACACCUGGACUAUCUACACCUAGAACAUCUACACCUGGACCAUCUACACCAGGACCAUCAACAAUCAUGGCAACAAGUGCUACUGAAAAUUUGAAUAAUCUUAUAUCGAACAAAAUUAACGUCCAAGAGGAUAAAACGAGUACAGCUGUAAACGAUUCUAAGACAAAUGACAAAAUAGACGAUUCAAAACAAACAGAAAAAUUCGCAGGAAUUCUGUGUGCAACACAGUUAAAGAAUAAUCUAAGCAACGGUUUCAAAUUAACAACUAUAAAUUACGUUUCCGAACUCCACAAAGCAUUGCUUAAAGAAUGCAACAACAAUUUAUUAGACUUUAAAUCUUUGAAUGCAUCAUUAGACUAUGAAUCGUUGACAAACGUCACAAGCCGUACGUUUAAAGCUAUACAGGAACAAAAAGUUUUUUCGGUGUUGGGAUAUUUUCCGAAAAUCGUCGAAGAAAUGAAAAAUCGGGGCUGGGUGGAAAAACGAAAUCCGUUAAAACCGCCAAUCAACUAUGCGCAGUAUAGUAAAUCGAAACCGUACUCGGUAAAUUGGAUUGAAUCUCCACCAAUAAUAUCGUCGAUGACAGAAAACGAAGUCAUAUGGGAGCGAUUAAAAAACAUGCAGUCGUGGGAAAUUCUAAAAGACAAACGGUCAGAUUUCAUAUUCGUCACUAGAAAACAACUCAUCAAUUGGACUACCUUACAUAAAUUAACGUCAGUUAGUCAGAUGAAAAAACACCUGUUCUGCAGCAAAAACGGUUUGGCACAAUGUUUGGAACCUUUGAAAAAUGUUGAGUCAAAUUUGAUGUUUCCGAGGUGUCAUUACAUUCGAUGUCUUGCGGACUAUAAUGAAUUUCUUGAAGACUACAUAAUAACAGCAUUGGUGGGUACACUGAAAAUCAUCGUACAAUCGAUUGAAGAAAACAGAAGAAUAUUCUCUGAAAGAGGCAAUAUACCAUAUGAAAUAAUCAAAUUUGCACAUCGCUGUGUGCUCAAAUUUCUGGACUCACGACAAAGUGGAUCAACGGAAUCAGAUAUGUGGAAAUUCAAUAGUCAAAAAGACAUAUGGGACGAGUUCUUUAAUCACUAUACACAACUGAUUAAUAAUGAUAACGCUACAAUUCAUAUCGAAUAUAGCUACCACUUAGAAAAAAAUGUAUACGCGAAAUGUAAAUAUCUAUUGGAAAACGUGAAAGUCUACUGUCCACAACACUUCAUUGACGGGAAUACAAACACGUGGAUAAUAAAACCAACGUCCAACUGUUCGGGGCAUGGAAUUAUAAUGUCUAGAGACAUAAACACGAUAAAAGAAAAAAUCUUUGUAUCAGAAGGACUUAGAAGCAAUUAUAUUUUACAGAAAUAUAUAGAAAAACCUCUUUUGGUUUAUACUUGCAAAAUCGACUUGCGACAAUGGUUUCUAGUAACUAAUAUGACUCCGAUUGUUGUAUGGAUGUACAAGGAAGGUUAUGUGAGAUUUUGUGCAAACAGUUUUUCCAUGAAACAUAUGCACGAGUCCAUUCAUCUCAGCAACGUCAGAUUGCAAAUGAGAUAUAGAAAUGUUCGAAAAAUGAACGUACCAGAGGAAUGUAUGUGGGACUAUGAAGAAUUGCGAAAUUAUUUAACUGCUAUUGGUCAAGAACACGCAUGGGACGAGUUGAUAUUCCCAGGGAUGAGUGAGAGCGUAUACGCCGUGAUGCAGGCUGCUCGGGACACGAUGAGUUACCGAGAAAACACUUUCCAACUUUUCGGAGCCGAUUUCGUGAUAACCGAAAACUUCGUUCCUUAUCUGAUCGAGAUUAACUCCAUUCCAGGUCUCAAUCCGUCGACAUGCGUUAUAGCCAACCUGGCACCUAUGCUUCUCGGAGAUAUACUGAAAGUGAUGAUAGACCACCAACAAAACCCAAACGCUGACACGGGAUUGUUCGUGAAAGUCAUACCGGAAAAAUUGAAACCGAUCGAUCAGCUGACCUCGAAGUAUCGUACAUUUGCCCCUCCGAAAAUGACGCCCAGCCAACGUCAUCAACAACGGAUGGACGAUCUGAAAAACAGACUGAUGGCAAUACAGUUCCAGGUGAAACCCGAGGAAAAGUUUUCCGAGCGAUACUUGGGAAUCAACCGCGACAACCUUUUGUUGACCACCAUCAUGUCGCCAGACCCGAAAAUCAAUUCCACGAAAACCGUGGCAACCGCCAGCGAGACCAUAAUGAACGACUUGCAAUCGUCGGCCGCCGAAAAGAUCACGAAGCUCAAGAACUUGUACAAUCUCAAAUCAAACAACUGCGGUCCAGGCACAGGUUCGUCGGCACAGCCAGACUGCGAUCGGCAGAGAGGACGGUGAUGGACGCAUCUGAUUUAGACACUUUUGGUCACUUGUUAAAUUAUACUCCGUCUCGUGGAAACAUUCGACUGUAUCCCCUGUAAGGUUACUGAAUAUGCAACGUAAAACGAAAAUAUAAACGACCUUUGUUUCAAAUUUAUAAGAUUGUACUUUCACUGUGUUCCAA